UCAUAGAAACUCCAAUAGCAUAGUUAUUAAUAGUUUUUUUUUUCUUUUUUUAUGAAUAAGGUAGAAUUCAUAACUAGACGAUUUUAUUGAAUGACACGUUACAGACGAGCGGUCGUGGCCGGGUACACGGUGCAAGGAGGGUGGCAUGCGACAGUCUCCCAUAGACAUCAAGACUUCUGAUGUGGUCGAUGACUUCGCCAAGCAGUUUAUCAAAUACGGCCCACUCGUGUUCAGUGGCUACCACAGCGUACUGGUGUCUGGAGUCAACAAUGGAUAUACAGUGCAGUUCAGCUGUGAUGGUGAAGAGUCGAUCCAUCCGACCCUCACUGGCGGCCCGCUGCAACAUAAGUACCGUCUUGAGCAGGUGCACUUCCACUGGCCCUCCGAGCAUUCCAUCAAUGGAGUCAAAUACCCUAUGGAAAUACACUUCGUUCACGUGCGUGCAGACCUUACUGUAAAAGAUGCUUUGAAAAACGAAGACGGACUAACUAUAGUGUCUGUAUUUUGCAAUGUGCAAACAGAACUAAAUGAGCCACAACAAGAGUCGUCGAAAGAACUAAUGGAAUAUGUUCCCAAAUUGCUAAACACUGGAGAAAGGAUCAGCGGAAUCAUUCUCGAUAUGACAAAACUGCUAAGCGUGAACUAUAAUUCGUAUUACACGUACGCGGGGUCGCUGACGUCGCCAGACUGCAAUGAGGCUGUCAUUUGGAUUAUAUUCGACACGCCAAUCUAUUUAACUGACGCUCAGUACCGGCUUUUCAGCAAGGUGAGGCGUCAUAACUUCAGAGCUCUGCAGACGCUGAAUCAGCAUAUAGUGUACCGGCCCCCGCACGCCACCUUCAACACGCCGCAGAUAGUCAAACUCUUUGACGAGAUGGUGCAAGUCGUCACGGAGUUCUUCAGGCACGUCACCAAAUUUAUGACAAAGGGAUUCAAGACUCGAUAACAUAGAACAGAGAAGUACCUGAAAUAUUUAGUUUGUUAAUAGAUACAUCAUUUUAGCCAACAUCCGUCCACUGCUGGAUAUAAGCCUCCCCCUAAGACUGCCUAAUAUAUACAUAAUAUGAAAAAUUUAUAUAUAUAACAUAGAUCGUCAAAAUGUACAUAAAAAUAG